GAGGAGGAAGGGCUGCCUGGGGGAGGAGCCUCCCCUCCAGAACCGGACCCAAGCGGAGGAGGAGGAGGAGCCCGAGGGCCGAGAUGGGUCCGGAGCGGAGUCCCGCCGAGGGAGCCCAGCUCUGUGAGUCUCUGGCCACCCAGAAGCGUCAGGGCAAGGAGAAGAAGAAGCCCCCCAAAUGCCCCGCAAUGUCCAGCGGCUGCAGCUGGACCAAACGCCUCCUGGGCUUCGAGGGCACUGACCUCUCCACCUGGCACCAUUUUGUCCACUUGCUGAACCGGCCGACUGACCCAGCAGGGCUGGGAGUCUUCCGCUUCCUCUUCGGGAUGCUGAUGGCCUUGGACAUCCCGCAGGAGCGCGGCUUGAGCUACCUGGACCACAAAUACCUGGAUGGGCUGCAGGUGUGCCGCUUCCCCCUUUUCAACUUCCUGGAGCCGCUUCCGCUGGACUGGAUGUACCUUGUCUACAUGGUCAUGCUGCUGGGUGCCUUGGGGAUCAUGCUGGGCUGCUUCUACCGGACCAGCUGCCUCCUCUUCCUGGUGCCUUACUGGUAUGUCUUCUUCCUGGACAAAACCACCUGGAACAACCACUCCUACCUCUACGGCCUUUUCGGCUUCCAGCUCCUCUUCAUGAACGCCAACCGCUACUGGUCUGUUGAUGGUCUCAGGAACCCACAGAAAAGAAAUGCGCAUGUGCCGCAGUGGAACUACACCGUGUUGCGCAUGCAGGUCUUCAUUGUCUACUUCAUUGCUGGCAUCAAGAAACUGGAUGCUGACUGGGUGGAAGGCUACUCCAUGGGCAACCUGGCCAGGCACUGGCUCUUCAGCCCCUUCAGGUUGGUGCUUUCGGAGGAGAUGACCAGCUUACUGGUGGUCCAUGGUGGGGGGCUCAUGCUGGACCUCACCGCCGGCUUUCUUCUCUUCCUGGACACCACCCGCCCCUUUGCCCUCAUCUUCGUCACUUACUUCCACUGCAUGAACUCCCAGCUCUUCAGCAUCGGCAUGUUCUCCUACACCAUGCUGGCCACUAGCCCCCUCUUCUGCUACCCAGACUGGCCGCGACGGCUGAUAGCCCGUGUCCCCACAUUCCUCCGAGGUCUCCUGCCUCUUUCCGAGCCUCCCCAGCCCAGUUCAGACUGCGUGUACGGAGAGGCUGGGCAACAGAGGCCAGGCAAAGGGACUCGGAGGCUGGGACUGCGGCAGCAUCUGGGGGCCAUCUUCACGGUGCUGUAUGUGAUGGAACAGUUCUUCCUGCCCUAUUCGCACUUCAUCACUCAGGGUUAUAACAACUGGACGAACGGUCUCUAUGGCUACUCAUGGGACAUGAUGGUCCAUUCGCGCUCCCACCAACACGUGAAGAUUACGUACCGCGACGGUCUCACUGGGGAACUUGGCUACCUCAACCCCGGGGUCUUCACCCAGAGCCGACGCUGGAAGGACCACGCAGACAUGCUGAAGCAAUACGCCACCUGCCUCAGUCACUUGCUGCAGAACUACAACAUUUCAGAACCGGAAAUCUACUUUGACAUCUGGGUCUCCAUCAACGAUCGCUUCCAGCAGAGGCUCUUUGACCCCCAUGAGGACAUUGUGCGGGCCGAGUGGUCCCCCUUCCGGAAGACCCCCUGGCUGAAGCCGCUGCUGGUGGACCUCUCACCUUGGCGGACGAAGCUGCAGGAGAUCGAGGACUCGCUGGACAACCAGACGGAGGUGGUCUUCAUUGCUGACUUCCCAGGCCUCCACCUGGAGAACUUUGUCAGCGAAGACCUGGGCAACACCAGCCUCCAACUGCUGAAAGGAGAAGUCACGGUGGAGAUUGUGAACGCACAGAAGAACCACACCUUGCGGGAAGGGGACCGGAUACAGCUGCCUCCUGGGGAAUACCACAAAGUCUUCACGGUCUCUCAGGAGCCCUCUUGCUACAUGUACAUCUAUGUCAACACCACCGAAGCCGCCCUGGAGCAGAAUUUCACCCGGUUGCAGGAGCUGCGGGAAAAAGUGCAGAAUGGGACCGAAACGGAGCCUCUCCCCCCAGAGCUGCAGCCCAUCUUGGAUGGCUCCCUGGCGAACGUGACCCAGGCGGACCCCGUGGUGGAGGCCUUCCUUCGGCGGCAGCGGCUCAAGGAGGAGCUGCAGAAACGCCGCAGUGCCAGCUUAGUGGAGCGUUUCCACCGUUUCAUGUCCAAGAAGUACUUCAUCUUCCGCAGGAGCCUUUUGAUGACCUGGAUCUCCCUGAGGAACCUGGCCUGGGGCCGUCCUUCCCUGGAGCAGCUGGCCCAGGAGGUGGCCUAUGCCAACAUGCAAUUUGGAGAGGACUCCUCUUCCAAUAAGGGGGACACUUUGCACAAAGAGCCUGAGCGCUCAGACCUCUGACCAGUAGUCCUUGCUGCACCGGCCAUCACCAUUCGCUGCAGCAACAGCAGACUCCAAAGGAGGCCAGCGGAGACAAGCAAGACCCCAAGGACUCCUAGGGUGGCUGGACAAUGGGUCAUCUUAGCUAGACCCUUCAGGGAGGCUGGAAGAAGAAGCCACCUCUGUUUUCUGGACUCCUUUUUUUCUCCUUCAUGGGGCCAACAGGUCUUCUGUAGCCCAUGUUUUUUGGGAUGGUGAUACACAGGUUCAAAGGGAAUGGAACGCACUUGGGGCAACUAGAGAUUCUUUGGGGUUGGGUGGGAUUGUCAGGGCCAAGAACAUGGUUUAUCUUAACGCUGUGCCCAAAAGGGGCAGGGAUUUUAGUGUUCAAUAGCCAGGGACCAAGCUAUGGUUUAAGGGCCUUCUCCCUUGUCCAGAGCUGUCUGGCCAUGUCAUUGUCCUGCAGGAAUGUGUUGCUGCGUGAUGAAUGGGUGCAAGGAGGAAAGGGGACUUCCAUUAGCAAAAGAGUGGAAAGUGGGAGAGAACAGCCUGAGCUGGCCUGGACCAGAGACAGAAAAUGGAGGGUAAAGCACAAUGGAAAAGGUUGCCUUAAGCCAUUGGAAAGGCAGCUGGACAGGGGCAGAAACAUUGGUCCGGUAGACCUCAGCCAUUGCCCAUCAUUCCCACCUCUCUCUGUGUAAGAGGAACAUCUGGCUUUCCAGAUGUUGUUGGACUCCCCUCUUCCCCAUUGCUCCAGGUACAGAGCGUCUUUUCAUUCUAUAGUCAGUAUUUCCUGUUUCUUAUUAAAAAGUGCAUUGUACAAAA